AAUGUUUAAAAAAACAGGAGUGAUAUUCAACAAAAAGUUUAUACCCACCCCACUUGCUUUUCUCUCUCUCCAUUUAUUUUCUAAUUUUCUCAUGUCUUCUAUCUUGAAAAACAUGGCUUUGAAUUGAUAGAAGGCAUCAGAGAUCGAGAUCGAACCAUAUAAUCAUUGUACCUAAGAAAAUGUCUCAAUACCAAGGGGAUGAUGGUGAAUACAUGGACGAUGAGUAUGAAAUGGAAGAUGUAGAUGACGAUAUGGAUGAUGAGUUUCAAGCAAGAGAUAAUAGGGGCUCAGACUCUGAUGUGGAUGAAUAUGAUGCCAUGAAUAACAAAUUGGCAGAUACUACUGCCUCUCAGGCUAAGAGAGGUAAAGAUAUACAGGGAAUUCCUUGGGAAAGGCUUAGUGUCACCAGAGAAAAGUAUAGACAAACAAGACUAGAACAAUACAAAAAUUAUGAAAACAUCCCUCAAUCUGGUGAAGGAUCGAAAAAGGAAUGCAAAGUAACAGACAAAGGAGAUAUAUAUUAUGAGUUUAUGCGCAACUCAAGAUCAGUGAAAUCGAAUAUUCUUCAUUUCCAGUUGAGAAAUCUGGUUUGGGCUACAUCGAAGCAUGAUGUUUACCUUAUGUCACAUUUCUCUGUCAUUCACUGGUCUUCUUUAGCUUGCAACAAGUCUGAGGUUCUCGAUGUUUCUGGACAUGUGGCACCCUGCGAAAAACAUCCUGGAAAUCUGUUGGAAGGGUUUACUCAAACCCAACUUAGCACGUUAGCUGUGAAGGACAAUUUGCUUGUGGCUGGAGGAUUUCAGGGAGAGCUUAUAUGCAAGAAUUUAGAUAGGCCUGGAAUUUCCUUCUGUUCCAGGACUACUUAUGAUGACAAUGCUAUUACCAAUGCUGUAGAUAUCUACACGACAGCCAGUGGUGCACUUCAUUUUACAGCUUCAAAUAACGAUGGUGGAGUUAGAGACUUUGAUAUGGAAAAGUUUCAACUUUCUAGCGAGUUCCAUUUUCCCUGGCCAGUCAAUCAUACCUCCAGGAGUCCUGACGGGAAGCUUGUUAUCAUAGUUGGAGACAACACAGAGUGUAUGUUGGUGGAUAGCAUAAGUGGAAAGACGGUUGCACCCUUAUGCGGUCACUUGGAUUUCUCAUUUGCUUCAGCGUGGCAUCCUGAUGGCCUGACUUUUGCCACUGGGAAUCAAGACAAAACCUGCCGGAUUUGGGAUAUGCGAAAUUUAUCCAAGUCUGUUGGUGCCCUAAGGGGUAAUCUAGGAGCCAUUCGGUCAAUUCGUUAUUCCUCUGAUGGUAGAUUUAUGGCCAUGGCAGAGCCUGCAGAUUUUGUGCAUGUCUUUGAUGUUAAGAGUGGGUAUGACAAAGAGCAGGAGAUUGAUUUCUUUGGCGAGAUAUCUGGCAUGUCUUUCAGUCCAGAUACAGAAUCUCUUUUCAUUGGAGUGUGGGAUCGUACUUAUGGGAGCCUCCUAGAGUUUGGGCGACGCAGGGAUUACUCGUAUCUAGAUGCUUUGAUCUGACGAGCAGGAUGCAUUCUGCUAAUAAGCGUGUGGACACAGCUCAUGUCUCAUCAUAGCAGCAGUCAGUUAAAGCAUAUUCGGAACAACAAGAUUGUGACUGAGUUUUAGGUGUAGUAAAAUUCUCAAUUUGUACAAAGUUGUUAUGUAAGAGUCUUAUUUGGUUGUCAUAAAAGUUCUGAAAGUGAGAGAUGUACAAAAGGUUAGGAACAUGUAAAACUUUUUAAAUAGGGUUAUUUGUGGGAAGUACACUCGGACACAUCAAUUGAGAAAGAGUGAACCUUGCGUUGCUUUGAUGAACUUGGCAGUGCUAUCUCCGGUGUAUUUUUCUGCAUAUACAUUAAGCAUUUAUGCAUGCAACUGUGUGAAAGACUGGCAGUUACCGACUUGCCGCAUCAUGAGAAAUUGCGAAGGGAAGCCAGGAAGCAUAAGCAAGCCAUAGCACUUCCUUUUUUUUCUUUAAGAAAACUGAUUACCUGAAAUAAUGAUAUAAUGCAUAAUUUUUACUGUGGUAAAUUUAUCACUAUAUUUGACCCUAAUGCAUGUCUAGUUGUCUCCUAAGCCAGGGAAUCCCGGACAAGAGGGUGAAGAAUCAAUAUAUCUGAUCUAGAAAAAGAGCCAGUGAAAGACAGACAACUCAGCAAAACAGAAUCAACAUCUUCACUCCUCUCCUCACAAAAAUCCACAAGUAUUAUCCAACUCUCAUCCACUCCCUUAACAAUAACAAUAUCAUCAUACCUCCUAUCUUCCAUUACACCACCACCCAAAUUAAACACCAAAACACAACACAGGGAAGUCCAGCACUUGAACACAACCAGCAAUGGCCUCUGCCUUGUUCUCUGCACCAACCUUCCAAGGCUUAAGGCCACUAAACAAGCCCACUGACUCCGCUCUCCUACCAAAAGCAAGCUUCUACAAGCCCAUCACCAUGAAAACCAACAAAAGAGUAGGAGUCAUCAAAUCAGAGCUGAACCCAUCUCUGGUGAUAAGCCUGAGCACAGGCUUGUCUCUGUUCCUGGGAAGGUUCGUGUUCUUUAACUUCCAAAGAGAGAACGUGGCUAAACAGGUCCCCGAGCAGAAUGGAAUCACUCAUUUUGAGGCAGGGGAUUCAAGGGCCAAGGAGUACGUGAGCCUGCUGAAAUCAAAUGACCCAGUUGGAUUCAACAUAGUGGAUGUGCUUGCAUGGGGUUCUAUCGGACAUAUUGUUGCUUACUAUGUCCUUGCCACCUCUAGCAAUGGCUAUGAUCCCAGCUUCUUUGGCUGAUCUGUUUUUAUUAAUGUUUUCUACUGUAAUAUAUAUAAUUCCUUUUCAUGCUGCACUGAUUCAUGUUUUUAUGAUACUACCUGGGAAGUCAAGCCUACCUAUCAUCUUCUUAUCUAAUUCAAGGGUUCAUGUGCUUUUUAAUGUU